AUUCAGAGAUUUUGGUAAUCGAGACAGACUGUGCUUACCUCAAGGUCUGACCUAUAUGCCUCAAAAACUUCGAUCACUAAAUUGGACUUUUUUUCCAAUGACAUGUUUGCCUUCUAAGUUAAAUCCAAGCUUUAGAUGUUAUGAGAAGGAAAUCAAUUACUGUUCAAAUCUGGUGAAACUUCCAUCAUCUAUAGGAAAUGCCAUCAAUCUUAAGGAGUUGUGCCUUAUCCAUUGCUUAAGCCUGGUGGAAUUUCUUUCAUCUAUUGGAAAUACUACUAAU